CACGCGGGCGGCGCGGACCCGCCCCGCGCUCGGCGGUGCCCGGGCCCGGCUGUUAUGGAAACCCGGCGCGCGCGCGGGCGGCGAUGAUGGGCGGCCAUGGCCCGGGCUGGCGGCUGCGGCGGCGCGGCGGCCCCGGAGCGCGCGGGGCUGGCGGCGCGGUCGGAGCCCUGGGAGCUGUCCCUGGAGGAGGUGCUGAAGGUGUACGAGCAGCCCAUCAACGAGGAGCAGGCCUGGGCCGUGUGCUUCCAGGCCUGCCGCGGGCUGCGGGGCGCGCCCUGCGGCCGAGGCCGCAUCCGCGACACGGCGGACAUCCUGCUGCACAGGGACGGCUCGGUCGGCGCGCGGCAGGAGCCGGAGCCCACAACUGUGAUGAUGUCUCUGGCCAGCUCAGAAGCUCAGAUGGUGCAGUCGCUGGGCUUUGCCAUCUACCGCGCGCUGGACUGGGGACUGGACGAGAGCGAGGAGCGCGAGCUCAGCCCACAGCUGGAGCGGCUCAUCGACCUCAUGGCCAACAGCGACUGCGAGGACAGCGGCUGCGGGGUGGCGGACGAGGGCUAUGGGGGUCCGGAGGAGGAGGAGGAGGCGGCAGACGGCGGCCCCCGCGCCCUGCGCACCUUCUCCCAGGCCAUGCGGCUCUGCGCCGCGCGCCUGACCGAUCCGCGGGGCGCGCAGGCCCACUACCAAGCCGUGUGCCGCGCGCUCUUUGUGGAGACGCUGGAGCUGCAGGCCUUCCUGGCCCGGGUCCGGGAGGCUAAGGAGAUGCUGCAGAAACUGGGGGAGGAUGAACCACAGGUGAAGCCACUGGCUGAGCUGGACAACCUGGGACACACAGACUGGGCCCGGCUGUGGGUCCAGCUCAUGCGGGAGCUGCGCCACGGGGUGAAGCUCAAGAAGGUGCAGGAGCAAGAGUUCAACCCCCUACCCACUGAGUUCCAGCUCACCCCCUUUGAGAUGCUGAUGCAGGAUAUUCGAGCCAGGAACUACAAGCUGCGCAAGGUCAUGGUCGAUGGGGACAUCCCUCCGCGGGUGAAGAAGGAUGCACAUGAGCUCAUCCUGGACUUCAUCCGCUCCCGGCCUCCACUGAAACAGGUCUCAGAGAGAAGGCUUCGCCCAUUGCCACAGAAGCAGAGGACCCUGCAUGAGAAGAUCCUGGAGGAAAUCAAGCAGGAGCGGAGACUGCGCCCAGUGGGAGACCAGCGCUUGGGCACCCGUGGGUUCGGCUCUCUGCCUUGCAUCCUCAGUGCCUGUUCUGGGGAUGUCAAGUCCACUUCCUGCAUCAACCUGUCUGUCCCGGAUGCGGGGAGCAGCGUGCAGCGCCCGCGGCCCCGAGUCCUGCUCAAGGCACCCACCCUAGCCGAAAUGGAGGAGAUGACCACAUCUGAGGAAGAAGAGUCUCCCUGUGGGGAGGCGGCGCUGAAACGAGAUCGCUCUUUUUCGGAGCACGACCUGGCCCAACUCCGGAAUGAAAUGGCUUCUGGUCUGCAGCCGGCCACGCAGCCCCCAGGAGGGAUGGAGCUACCCCGGCCCCGAGCAGGCAGUGUGCACACCUGGAGGCCCAGCACCCGAGAGCAGGGUUCCUGUCCUGUGAGUGUCUACUGCCCGCCUGAGCCCAGCUCCCCACAACUCAGCAAACUGAGCUCGGCGGACAGACUUGAGGCUUCUGCAGCAGACAGUAGGCACCUGUGGUUGGAGUUCAGCCACCCUGUGGAAAGCCUGGCUCUGACGGUGGAGGAGGUGGUGGAUGUGCGUCGUGUGCUGGUGAAGGCGGAGAUGGAGAAGUUCGCCCAGGACAAGGAGCUCUGCAGCAGCCUCAAGAGGGGCAAGAUCUGCUGCUGCUGCCGAGCCAAGUUCCCGCUGUUCUCCUGGCCGCCUACCUGUCUCUUCUGCAAGAGAGCCGUCUGCACUUCCUGUAGCAUGAAGAUGAAGAUGCCAUCUAAGAAGUGUGCACACAUCCCUGUCUACACCCUGGGCUUUGAGAGUCCUCCGAGGGCACAGGCUGCCAAAACCACGACAGCGCCCAGAAGAGACGUCUUCCAACCCCUGCAGGGGCCCCAGUGGCGAAGUGUGGAGGAGGAGUUCCCCCACAUCUAUGCCCACGGCUGCACCCUGAAGGACGUCUGCAGUGACUGCACCAGCUUCGUGGCCGAUGUUGUGCGUUCCAGCCGCAAGAGCGUGGAUGUGCUCAAUGCCACGCCUCGCCGCAGCCGCCAGACGCAGUCCCUCUACAUCCCCAACAAUAGGACUCUUGACUUCCAGUGACGACCCAGGGUGGCCAGGCCUCCAGGGAGGGACCAGGCUCCGGCCUGCAGCAGGCGGAGGCUCUGCUCCCAGUGCUGGGCACGGCCCCAUCUGCUCCUGAGCUGUGCAUGUACAUAUACACAUACGUAGAUGCCUUUACAUAAUAAAUGCACAAGCCUCUAUAUUUAUA